AUGCUCACUUUUCGAAAGGCGCUCAUUGUAGCUGCCAUCUUCAUUACGCUCAUUCUCUUCCUUCGAUCGUCGCAUUCUGGGCCGGAGUCUGCGGCGGCCGCGUCCCCAGAAGACAUUGCCUAUGAGAUCAGUCAAGAAACAAAGGGGAAAACAUCAAGUGAGAGUUCAGACUCGACACAGCAGCAGCCGCUGAAGCAGCCGCCUCCACCAGCUACUGCUCCCUUGCGCGAACGCCUGCGCUACCAUUUUCCUUACAACCUGGAAGCCAAGUUCCCCGCAUAUAUCUGGCAGACAUGGAAGUAUACUCCGGCUUCUGUGUGGUUUAGUCAGGACCUACGACGACCGGAGGCGAGCUGGACCGAGAUGAACCCCAGCUUCGUUCACCAAGUCAUUCCAGACGAUACCCUUCAUCACCUCGUCAAAUACUUAUAUGGCUCGAUCCCUGAGGUGCUUGAGGCGUUCAAUUCAAUGCCGAUACCUGUAAUGAAAGCCGACUUUUUCAGGUAUCUGAUCCUCCUGGCGCGCGGUGGAGUUUAUAGCGAUAUUGAUACCACUGCGCUUAAACCAGUGGUGGAUUGGUUACCGGACAGCCUCGACCUGUCAACUAUUGGCUUCGUUGUCGGAAUUGAGGCUGAUCCGGACCGGCCAGACUGGCAUGACUGGUACUCUCGUAGGAUUCAGUUCUGCCAGUGGACCAUCCAGUCCAAGCCGGGCCAUCCGAUCUUGCUAGAUAUCGUGACGUACAUUACCCAAGAAGCCCUACGGAUGAAGAAGGCGGGAAUACUCAAAAAAGGGAAGAUGGACAAAACCAUUGUUGAAUUCACAGGCCCAGCAGCUUGGACAGAUGCGGUGUUUCGCUAUUUCAACGACCCAGAAUACUUCUAUGUCGAGCCUGGAACAACCCGCAAUAUCACCUAUGAGGACUUUACCAACCAGGUUGAAUAUCAAAAGGUUGGCGACGUCGUAGUCCUACCAAUCACUAGCUUUAGCCCCGGGGUCCAGCAAAUGGGUGCUCAGGGUAUAGAUGAUCCUAUGGCAUUCGUCAAACACAAUUUUGGAGGAACGUGGAAAACCGAUCCCUCGCUCUAAGAAGAUCAUCUUUUUAGUGCCCAAGAUCGAAUAAUUCGGCUUUUCGCGAUAGGGAUGGAAUCUCAAUGCCUUGAAGCCCAUCGCACAGGACCUGAAGCAGCAAUGACGCAUUGCCGCUUCAAAGGCCACACCGGCUCUGCGUGACUGCCACGUUGUCUCUCACUAUUCCCCGAUGGUCCAACUGGUACUGCUAUCCAACAGCCCCGCGUUUCGGAGAGAUUCCACAAGCUGUGCGGCUCAGAGGGACUCUUGCGCACGCCUUUGGCGACUUCGGUUGCCAGUAAAAC